UUAUGUUAAUUUCAGCGUGAUCUGUGCAUGGACUGGAGGGAGCCGCCGAGUGCUGGAUCUGUUGUCUGCUGCUUAAUGUCGAUGAGGCUUUGGACAGACGCAACCUGCCGCUGAAUCUCUGUCGGGAACGGCGUCGUGUCCGUAUAAUGUCGCCGCUGAGGAUGCGCGUCUCCAUGUGAAUAUCUGUGGAUCCAGCCGGUAGUUUAGAGAGGAGGUGAACGCACCUUGCAUCCAGCCAUGGGAGGUCAGAUCACUAGAAAUACCUUGUACGAUUCUCUGAACGGACCGUUUCCAGCAACAUCCCACCGAUGCCACCACAAGCCCAAGCGCUGCCUACCUAUUCAGCAAUGUGGGAGUUUGUCCUCCUUCCCUCUGCUUUUCCACCCCAGCACCAAGGGCUCACAGAUUGUCAUGGACAUGUCCCAGAGGACCGUCAAGAGACAGGCCAGCUUCUGUAACGCCAUCACAUUCAGCAACAGGCCUAUCGCUGUGUAUGAGCAAGUUCGGCUGAAGAUCACUAAAAAGCAGUGCUGCUGGAGCGGUGCACUGCGUCUUGGUUUUACAUCCAAAGACCCAUCGCGGAUCAACCCAGACACCUUGCCAAAGUACGCCUGCCCAGACCUGGUCUCCCAGAGCGGUUUCUGGGCAAAGGCCCUGCCAGAAGAGCUCUCCAACGAGGGAAACAUCAUCUCCUUCUGGGUGGACAGGAAGGGCCGGGUGUUUUACAGAAUCAACGACUCGAGCCCAAUGCUGUUCUUCAGCGGCGUGCAUGUCUCUGAACCUCUGUGGGCUCUCAUAGACAUCUAUGGCCUCACAAGGGGGGUCCAGCUCCUAGAUAGUGAGAUGCUCCCCCUGGACUGCCUGCGUCCUCGCUCUUUUGCUGCCGCCCACCGGGCUUCCAUUCAGCGAAAUGGCGAUGACCCUCGCCUUUCCAUCAGCUUGUGUGACCUGAGUCUACAGCAGCAGGAGGCGCACCUGGAGGAAGAUGAUGAGGAAGAGGAACGUCUACAACCUUUAAGCUCCACCUCUUGCCAUGUGCCCCAAAACUCUCAGAACUCUCAGCAGUGUUUGCUGCUGCCCAGCCAUUUGGACACUGAUCUGCACUUCCACCUGGUGCACGGCAUCCACGUUACCCUGCUGGAUAAGCACACAGUAGCGCGGCUGGAUCACCGUGGUGAUGAGAGGACCCUGGUGUUCACCAGCCGGCCCAUGCGCUGCUCAGAGACUGUGUUUGUGAAGAUGAAGGCGGGGGUUACACGAACUGGGUCUCUCUCUUACGGUGUGACAUCAUGUGACCCAGCCACCCUGAGGCCCAGUGAUCUCCCAUCCAACCCAGAGUCCCUCGUUGAUCGCAAGGAAUUCUGGGCCAUGUGUCGGGUGGCGGUGCCGCUCCACAGUGGAGACAUCUUGGGCUUUGUGGUGAACGCAGAAGGGGAGGUCACGAUGAGCCAUAACGGCGUCAGUGCAGGGAUGCAGCUGUGUGUCGAUAACUCCAGACCACUCUGGAUGUUCUACAGUCUGCACGGCACCAUCACACAACUCAGGAUUUUAGGCUCAUCUCUGCACCCGGAUCUUCGAGGCCCAUCUGUCCCCAGCUCCCCAUCUUGUACACCCAACACCCCCACGAUGCUUUGCAGCGGCAACUCCGAGCCCAACCUUAACAUCAACCUCAAUUCAAGCCUCAACUCCAACUACAACACGGCCUUUUCUUCCUCCACAGGUACAACCCCGAGCUCUCCAUUCUCCAGCCACCCAGAGUCCCCCACCUUCCCAUCCUGCUCGGGCACGUGGAGCGACGAAUGCACCAUUUGCUACGAGAAUGUAGUGGACACAGUCCUCUACGCCUGUGGACACAUGUGUCUUUGCUACACCUGUGGUCUCAAACUCAAGAAGAUGGCCAAUGCGUGCUGUCCCAUCUGCAGGAGGACAAUCAAAGACAUCAUCAAGACCUACAGGAGCACGUAGGCUUGUGUUAGACAACGUGUCGUAUCGUCAGGUUCAGCUCAAGAGGUUGUGAAAGCCAUUUAAGACUUUGUAAAGAUGGACAUAGCACAAGUGAACUUGUUUUGUGUGUGCAAUCUGGCUCAGGUACUUUACAGUAGGACUCCAUCAUUAAAACACUUUAUCUAUGUUAUGUCUAAUGCACAUCCUUGGAAAAGACCCAGCAACAAGACAAAAAAAAAAAGUGUAAUCAACAGAAACAAAAUAUGUGCUACUGCAAUAACUGCAGCUAGGACGUGCGCCAAACACAUCACCCCUUGACCUACUAUCGUCCAGUGACUGUGUGAUUUGUGCAUCUGUAGAAGAAAAAGAGUAAUCUGAGGCAUCUGCCCUACUUCCUGCAGAGUAACUCUUCAUUCUGCUGGUGAUAGCAUCGCUGCUAGCUAGUUCCAGAAGAGGUAAAACUGUCCAGAGCCGCAGAAGAAACAAGAAGAUAAAUCUGUGCUUUCACUUGUUUUAGAGUAAGAAUCAAUUCUCUACUCACUCUGCACGAAAAUCAGGACAUGAUAGAUUUAUUUGAGAUUUCCUGAAUGUUUCCAGGGGAAUGAGUGAAAAGAAGUUUUUGUGGUGAAAACUUUCUAAUAGAAGCCAUUUUGUAAUGCACAAGAAAAAAAAAAGUUCCCCCUGCAAUAAAACACAAUCAAAUGCCCAAACCUAAAGGGUAACAAUAUUCUUAAAGGAAAGGAGUGUUUUUGUCGGAUAUCUCACUACCUGCUGUGCUUCUGUGAUUUUCAGGCAGGGUGAGAUUGUGCGAAGGGUGAAAAAGUGUGAACGUCGUCACCAUAGAAGGUCACGCUUGCAGGGAAUGAGGAUGUAAAUCAGUAAAGAGGGAGCGAGGGAGGAGGUAGCAGAGAGGAUGUCGUAUGUUUGGGAUGAAGACAGGGGAGGAAGGGGCACCUUUGCUGUGUGUCUGCACAUCGUUUCAGUGCAAAGAACGUGUUCGCUCACUCAGGCACACCAGAUACAUCAGAAGUUUGUAUGAAAGCCUGUAAAAUGUGGGACUUGCAUGGUGUGCAUGUCCUGCUUCUUGGCAGCUUUCCCUGCCAUCUUUGGCUGCUGCUCAGUGAGACGGCUGGAUGCUGUAAUUGGACAAAAGUCAUUCAAAUAAACAUUGGUGGGCAGUGAAGUAUUUUUAAAAUGCUGAAAGAGCACACAAGGAUGACAAAUCAACCUUUUUCAUCAUUGCAAGAAGCACCAAGUUACAGAUGGCUUUGCUUAAUUCAGGUUACACACUUCUGUCUUUCAUAUGUACAUUAGGUAAGAACAUAAAUAUUUGCUUUCAGUGAUGACGUAUUUCAGUACACUGUGUCUUCAAUAAAAUUCACCCUUGUGCAGUCAGUGACAAGGAUGUAGUUUGUUAUUGUGGGACAUUGUGAGAAGUUCAUUUGCAUAUCAGUUUCUGAGUGCUGCUCGCUGUCGGUAAAAGCAAACUGCAAGGACAUUUUCACUUGACUAAUCUCAUGCAUUAUGUACUGCUUUAAAUUGUUACAGAAAUACAAGCUAUUUUCAGGUGUUAUUUUGACCUUGAUGAAACAUUACUCAGUACUUAAUAAUAAUAAUUUGUAAGUAGUAAGUGCUGAUUUGUUUUGGUUUUCGUUAGCUUCAGCUUCAGGCAUCUCGCCGCUGUGGAGGGAGAUUUCGCAGUCAUGUUUUAUAACGUUUGAGUCACAUUUAAGUUUUCUCGUGUGCCUUUUUAAAAAAAAAGAUAAGUCUGGACAAACUUUUCAUCUGUUAGGCUCCUCACUGUGAAAACCAGGAGGAACACUGAGGUUCAUAUUCAUCAGUCUUUUACGUGGUUGUGAUGUCUCAGACGUGAACAGGUGGAACCACACAACCUACCAACACAGAGCAAACAUUUCAGUGUGUGUGAACUUAUUCACUGUUAAAGAAGAAAUGUUUAAAUAUCGCCUUGACCCCUCUGUCACUGCAUUGCAUAAUACUGGAAUUAUUUGCUCAGACAUUUACAUUUCUACCUGUUGUUGUUCUUCCUCCUGACCAAAUAUGACCUAACAAAUAAAACAUUGUGAACGAUUUUUGAUAGAGAAAUGGUAUUGAUGAGUGUAAUAUUAACUGUACAUUGAGGUUUAUUUAUUUUGUCAAUGCUACUAUAAAGGAUUCUCACUGUUUGUUUUAUAUGUAUGGCUAUAGUGUCCAAAAAGUAAGAAUAUUGUUUAUUUUAUUGUUGCAUAGUUAAAGAUUAUAGAAAACUUAAUUUCUCUGAAAGGCUUUGUGGGUCUGAUGACGUUCACUUUAAGAAAUAGUUUGACAUUUUGGGAAGUAUGCUUAAACGCUGUGUGGUGUGGAAUAUAACUUAAGUAUGAUUUUGGAUGCAGGAGCUAAGUAUUUUGACAUUGGACGAAGGACUUAGUUACUCAACCAAAGGCUCUAGGCCAGCAUUUAGUUUGUAUAUUCUAGACUACUGUAGAAAACACACAUGUAAAUAUAAAAGGCUCAUUCUAAGGUAACAAAAACAAACAAAAGAUUCUGCAUUAUGUCCUAUUUCUGACAUAUUCUGUAAAUAGAGCUAUUAAAUCUGAAGCAUCUGGACCUAAAAUUGGCUAGAAUUGAUAUUUUAUAACAAUAAGAAAGUGGUUGCUGCUAGUGAACGAACAGACUAAAUAGCCUGAAGCCAGCUAAGUCAAAUUAGCAUUUAAAACUGGAAACGGGGAAACAGCUAGUCAGGCUAGCUGUUUCCCAUUAACACCCACUUACCAGCAUGAUGCCCACAACCAGUAAUUUCCUAGUCUCCAAACAUAAAUGAGUCCAGUAAAACAGCCAAUUGUCUUUUUUUACAGGUUUUUACACAAGCAAGAUACAACGUGUUAAUUACUGAACUUAGAGGUGCUUAUACGAUAGAUUUUGUUUCCUUUGAACAGAGCCAGACUAGCUGUAGCCCCAGUUUUCAGUCUUUAUCCUAAGCUAAACAUCUGCUAGUACAAUUAGCAUAUCAGCAUAAGCAUAUUUCCCAAGAUGUCAAAUGUUUGCCAUAUGCUAAAAUCUGGUAUUAAAAGGGAAUAGAAUGUGUAAAGUUGGCAUAGUUAAGGUAAAUUGUUUGUCCUACUUGUGCAUAUUUAAAUUAUAUCUUGAAUCUGUGUUGUAGUGAAGCAGGCGUGAAUAUGGCGUGACAGCCUGUGUUUUCAAAUGUGACCAAAUAUUUGAUGUCCAAACAAAACAAAACCAGCAAGUAUGUGAAGACAGUGGACAUUGUGCAUUUUGGACAAGAUAUCAGCUCAUUACUUUGGUUUCCUUUUGGGAUUUCUAUUAGUCGUUUUAAAAACAUUCUUAAGGUGGUUUAAUUACAGUAUGUUCA